GGAAAUUUUGCACUCUGCAUUUGCUGAUGCUCGUCACCAUCUAAUAACAUGCAUCUUGCAGUGAUAGUUCUUCUGUGUGGAUCUUCUCUACUAAAAGGCGUCAUUACAAGCACCAGUGGGUCUGAUGGCAUUCCAACGGGUAUUGGAAACAUGAUUGUUAACAAUGUCAAACCAGUGGUGUGCAGUACAUUUGGAAGUGGAUCACUCAGGACCUUCAAAAACAACUUUCGCUAUUUGGGAUCAACUUGUGCGUUUGUGUUCAGCCAAUCAGAUGAGACUGAUGCUCAGUUUCAAAUAAUAAUACAGCGAGGGAAAGAUGGUUUUCUGGCUAAAAUUAAAAUCAAUGUAGACAAUAUUGAAACUGUUGUGGAAAAUGGAUAUUACUUUGGAAUUCACAGGAUUUCCAUUCCAUUUGAUCACAAAUCUAUUCAUAUCCAUAAAUACGGCAUUUACACCAGACUGAGGAGUAGGAGAGAAGUCCUUUCAGUGCUGUGGAAUAAUCAGGGAAAUGGUGUAGAUGCACUUUGGAUGAAUCUUAAAUCUGAUUAUCAAGAAACAUCACAUGGUCUAUGUGCUGAUGCAAGUAAUCAAGAAAGUAAAUUUUCUAAUGAAGUCUGUGAAGACAUAGAUGUCAUACCAACAUGUGAAGGUGUCUUCCUUGCUUGCCAGAUGACCAUAUCAAGUUACUUAAUGUCUUGCAGUGGACCAUUAACCUUUGAUUAUAUAAGCACUUGCCAAAAGGAGUUUUGUAAUGGCGUACAAAAAAAGGAACGUGUGUGUCCUGUUUUUGAAGAAAUGACUCGUAACUGUGACACAGUCACAGAUAGAAUCUACAGCUGGAGAGAGGACUGUUCUACACCCAGCUGCCCUGGAAACCAGGAGUUUAAAGAUAAUGGCCCAGCCUUCAUCCAAACUUGCUCAAAUCCAACAUAUUCCGAUAAUACAAAAACAAGCACUUGCGUUUGCCCAGAAGGUGAAAUUCUUGAUGACCGCCUAGGACAAAAUAAUUGUGUGAAACAGACAGAUUGCCCCUGCAAAUUUGAUGGACAGAUUUAUAAACCAAAUAGCACACGUACAGCAUUGUGUGAAUCAUGCACUUGUGAAGGUGGAGAAUGGAAUUGUCAAAAAAAGGAUUGCCUGUCAAUGUGCACAAUUGAAGGGGGGUCUUUCAUCCAUACAUUUGAUGGCAAAGAGUACACACUGUAUGGAAACUGCAAGUACUAUGCUGCUAUGGGGGAUGACUGGAAAUUAAUAAUUCAGCAAAGUAAGUGUGCCAGCAGAACAACUUGCCUGACAAGUGUGGGACUUGAAAUCACUGGUAACGAAACAGUCACUUACACAUUCACUGAAGACAACAUUUACAUUGAUGAUAAAACCACUUCUGAAAGGUAUAAUUCAGAAAAUGUGAAAUUUUUCCCGCAGUCUUCAUUGUUCAUUCAGGUUCAGACAAAGUUUGGUAUGAAGAUGCAAAUUCAGAGGAGUCCUUUUAUGCAGCUGUAUGUGACAUUACCUGUCAUUGCAAAGGGGGUUACAAAAGGGUUGUGUGGCAACUACAAUGACAAAAUUGAUGAUGAAUUCAUGGCAAGCAGUGGAAUUGUGGAGGAUUCCAAAUCCUUUGCCAAAUCCUGGAGGAGACAGACACAAGAGUGUGCCGAGAUCUCUCCCAUCUGCAUGAAUACAGACAAUGAAAAAUAUGGAAAAGAGAAAUGUGCCUACCUGAAUGACCCUGUAUUUGCUAAUUGCCAUUCUCAUGUUGAUCAUGCAUCUUUUCUUGAGAAAUGUAUAAGUAGUGCAAAAUGCUGUGCCAAUCCUGCAGAAUGUGUGUGUGUAGCACUGGGUAAUUAUGCGAAGGCCUGUGCUGCUAAAGGUUUGAUUGUGGAAAACUGGAGAAAUGACGAUUGUGAUGUGGAAUGUUCUAACAAUCAGAAAUUUUCAUACAACAUGAAGGCCUGCAAUAGUACAUGUCAGUCUCUAUCAGGGUCUGACUUUGCCUGUAAAGUGGAAGAUGUCCCAGUUGAGGGAUGUGGCUGCUUAGAAAAACAUUUGAACAGCAAUGGGAUGUGUGUAGCAGAAUCUCAGUGCCCGUGCUAUUAUGGUCAAACUCCAGUUAGUCUGGGGCAAAAUGAAAUUGAUGGACAUUCCUGUGUUUGCCAAAAUGGAAAGCUUGACUGCCAACCACUGAAAAACUGCACAGGGGGCAAGAAAUAUAUCAGAUGUUCUCAAUAUUCAGGCCCAACAUCUGUCAAAACAUGUGGAAGUCUAAAUUUACCAGCCAGUGACACCUGUGAAAGUGGCUGCUAUUGUCAAGAUGGAUAUUAUGAAGAUCAUAAUGGCAAAUGUGUUAGUCAGGAAGAAUGCACAUGCUUAUUUGGGGUCAAAACCUACUCUGCUGGGGAAACUGUCACAAGCGGAUGCAACAAUUGCACUUGCAUCAGGGGAAAGUGGAAUUGUACAGAAGAAGAAUGCAAAGGAAAAUGCCAAGUUUAUGGAGAUGGACACUUUCAAACCUUUGAUUUAAAGUGGUACAGCUACGAUGGGAAUUGUGAAUAUACUCUUGUAGAGGACUACUGUGGUUCGACUGGUACUUUCCGAAUAACAGCAGAAAGUGUUCCCUGCUGUGAUGAAGCACUUACAUGCUCAAGGGCUAUUAAGAUUAGCUACCAGGAUGAAGAAAUAGAAUUACGAGAUAUGAAAAUUGUAGAAAAGAGAUCAAACAAAUGUGAGGCUGAGACAAGUUACUCGGUUCAUACAGUGGGCCUCUACCUAAUUAUCACUCUGAAAAAUGGCAUUACAUUGUUGUGGGACAAGCACACAAGAGUAACCAUUGUAUUGGACCCCAAAUGGAAAAAUACAGGUCUCUGUGGUCUCUGCGGAAAUUAUGAUGGAGACUCUAAAAAUGACAUGAUAACCAGAGGAAAAUCAGAAGUUACAAAAGUACUGGAAUUUGGCAACAGUUGGAAAGUCAAUCCCAGUUGUGCCAAUACAUUAAGCCAGACAUCCCCCUGUGAGAAACAGUGGUACUGUAGUGCAUGGGCAGAGAGAAGGUGCAAGAUCAUUACUGACAAAAUCUUUCAAGAAUGUCAUAAGAAGGUGGACCCUCAGCCAUAUUAUGAUGUUUGUGUUAAAGAAUCAUGUGUCUGUGAAAUGGAGGGACAAUACCUUGGAUUUUGCACAGCUGUUGCUGCAUAUGCGGAGGCUUGCAGUGAGGCUGAUGUUUGUAUAAAAUGGCGGACCCCAGAUUUGUGCCCUGUAUAUUGUGACUAUUACAAUGAUCCAGGAAAAUGCAGUUGGCAUUACAAACCUUGUGGAACGAUUGCCACAAAGACCUGUGGUAAUAACUUGACUUCUAAGUUCUCUGCAAAGCUUGAAGGCUGCUAUGCAACGUGCCCAGACACUAAACCUUAUCUUGAUGAGAACACAAUGCAGUGUUCUGCUUUAGAAGACUGUACCUGUCUUUACAAUCAAAUAAUUCAACCAGGGGAAACCAUACAAAAUGACUGCAACCAAACUUGUGCAUGCACAAAUGGCAGUCUGCAGUGUGAACGCAAACCCACGACAACUAGUACAGAAACAACAACCACACCCACGACAACUACUACAACAACAACAACCACACCAAACAACAACCACACCCACGACAACUACUACAGAAACACCAACAACCACACCCACAACAACUACUACAGAAACACCAACAACCACACCCACGACAACUGCUACAGAAACAACAACCAUACCCACGACAACUAUUACAGAAACAACCACACCCACGACAACUACUACAGAAACAACAACCACACCUACAACCACACCCACGACAACUACUACAGAAACAACAACCACACCCACGACAACUAUUACAGAAACAGAAACAACAACCACACCCACGACAACUACUACAGAAACAACAACCACACCCACGACAACUACUACAGAAACAACAACAACACCCACGACAACUACUACAGAAACAACAACCACACCCACGACAACUACUACAACAACAACAACCACACCCACGACAACUACUACAGAAACAACAACCACACCCACGACAACUACUACAGAAACAACAACCACACCCACGACAACUACUACAGAAACAACAACACAACCACACCCACGACAACUACUACAACAACAACAACCACACCCACGACAACUACUACAGAAACAACAACCACACCCACGACAACUACUACAGAAACAACAACCACACCCACGACAACUACUACAGAAACAACAACCACACCCACGACAACUACUACAGAAACAACAACCACACCCACGACAACUACUACAGAAACAACAACCACACCCACGACAACUACUACAGAAACAACAACCACACCCACGACAACUACUACAGAAACAACAACCACACCCACGACAACUACUACAGAAACAACAACCACACCCACGACAACUACUACAGAAACAACAACCACACCCACGACAACUACUACAGAAACAACAACCACACCCACGACAACUACUACAGAAACAACAACCACACCCACGACAACUACUACAGAAACAACCACACCCAUGACAACUACUACAGAAACAACAACCACACCCAUGAUAACUACUACAGAAACAGAAACAACUACAAAACCAACUACAAGUCCAACUGUGAGCAUACAUACAGAAUCUGCAGUCCCUGCAGCACCUAAUUGUUCUGGAACAUGGACUAACUGGAUUAACAGAAUGACACCAACUCUUACAAAUUCUGGGGAUAAUGAGACCGUAGACACAUCCAUAUGCAGUAAUGGAAUUGAAAACAUUGACUGCCGUUCUGUAAAAACUGAUAAUAUUACGCAAAAAGUGAUAUGUGACAAAGAGAAAGGGUUAAUUUGUAUGAAUGACGACCAAGCCUCGAUGCUAAAUGGAUUCAGAUUGUGCGAGGAUUAUAAGAUUCGAAUUUGUUGUGCUUCUACCAUAAAAACUACCGCCAAAAGCACAACCACUCACGAAACCACAACAACUACCCCUGAAACUACAACUACCCCCAAAACCUCAACCACUCACGAAACCACAACAACUACCCCUGAAACUACAACAGCCACCAGUAAAUCAUGUUUUUGUGAUAGCCCCUAUGGAACUGUGCAGUGUGGUGGAGAGUGGAACGAAGGUUGUCUGCUCAAGACAUGCAUGUAUAAGCAAAUUAAAGAAAGCCGUGUCUGCCCUAUACAAUCUAAACCUACGUGUCAAAAUGGUGUAGCACCUAGACUGGUCGAGGAUGGCUGUUGUUCAAAAUGGGACUGUGACUGUCAAUGUGAAGUAUUUGGAGAUCCUCAUUAUAAAACCUUUAGUGGGACAACAUACACCUUCUUGGAGAAUUGCACCUAUACCCUUGUUGAAGAAAAAUAUCCAAUAUAUAAUUUUUCAGUUGCAGUUGACAAUUAUAACUGUAUUCCGGGUUACAAAGCAUCUUGUGCCAGAGGCCUUAUAUUAAAAUAUAAAAGCAGUAUUGUGACACUCAGCAUAGUGAAUUAUAAAAUUGUGUCCAAGUUCAACGAUAAGGAAGUGAGUUUUCCCUACGAAAAUAAUGGAAUUCAGCUGGAGUCAACUGGGAUUUCAGUAAAUGUCUUUAUUCCUGCAAUUCAAACUAGGGUAUCCCUAGCGCGUUACAAUGAAAUCAGUAUCAGAGUUCCAAUGAGUAUUUUUGAGAGCAAUACACAAGGACAGUGUGGUGUGUGUGGUGGAGCAUCAUGUAUCCGUAAGAAUGGGAUAAGUGAAAUAAAUUCCUGCUGUGACAAGACUGCCUAUGACUGGAUAUAUGACGAUGCCAGUAAACCAUACUGCAAGUCAGCCCCCAGAAACGUGUCCUGUAGCACACCCACUCCACCCCCAUGCUCUUCAAAACCAACGACAAUUAAUACAACUUUUUGUUGGCUACUAAGCAGUAGUAUUUUUGACGAAUGUCGAAAAAAAGUAAAUCUUUUAGACUAUGAAGCUGCCUGCCAAUAUGAUCACUGUUUGUUAAACAAUACAAAACUGGACUGUUCAAGUAUAGCACGAGCUGCAGGGCAUUGUAUGGAAAAUAAGAUCUGUGUGGAAUGGAAUAAAUAUACAAACGGAUUAUGUGACCAAAACUGCUCUGAGGGAUUGGUUUAUGGUGCAUGUCGCAAAAGGAUGGAUGAUUACUGCCAGGCAGGAGAACGUAAAUCUGGAAACGACUUGGAAGAAAUGACUUCUGGAUGCUUCUGCCCCGAUGGGCUAAUUCGUGCAGAUAAAAACAGUGAUAAGUGUAUUCGAAACUGCACCUACUGCAAAGGACCAAAUGGAGAGCACAAAGAGAUUGGAGAGACAUGGGAAUACAAUUGCAAAACUUGCACAUGUAGCAAAAGCACACUGAUGGAAGAAUGUGUUAAUGAAAAGCAUAUAAUACCCUCCUGUGAGGAUUAUCAAACUCUGGUAUUCAACAAUGCAACUGAUUCCUGUGAAAUUUCACAUUGUGUCAACAUAACCUGUGAGCAUGAAGGGAAAACAUAUCAGAUUGGAGAUAAAUGGAUUGAUGCAAAAAAGCCAUGUCAUUCUUACAGCUGUGUCAAGAGUGGCAUUAAAGAGGAGAUUCUAGUGUGCCCACUACAAAACUGCCCUGACAGCCAAAAAGUGUGGGACGACAACAAGUGCUGCUACACAUGUAAAGAAUCAUGUGUACCAAAGCCCUCUAAUAGAACUAUACAGAUAGAAGAUUGUUCAGCAGUUGUGGCAGUGACUGAAUGUGAAGGCCAAUGCCAAUCUGGAUCAAGCUUCUUUUUAAACACUGAUUCCCGUUCCGGUUCUAUGAUGACGAUUUGCAAGUGUUGCCAGCCCAAGACUGAGGAAAAAAGAAAUGCAACUUUGGCCUGCUCUGGAUCCAAUACCACACUUUUUGAGUACACUUAUAUAACAGAAUGUAACUGUGAGCACUGUCCUGGGAAAUAAUUUCCAAUUCAAUAUGUAUUUUUAUUGUAUUUCCAGUAACAAGCUGUUGAAGUUAAAUUACAAUGAAACUCUUUCUGGUGAUGGUAUUAUUAGUGCACCUCGUUUUGCUUUAAACUAUUGAAAUCAAUAAAACUUCUUGCAUUUAUAUUACUA